AUGACUAUUGCUUUCUCACCAGAUAGGAUGCAGAUUGUAUUAUGUUUGGACAACAAGACUGUCCAGAUGUGGGAUAUGGCAAUGCAUGUUUCUGUGGACAACUCUCUCAAAGGACACACAGAUGAUGUCAAUUCUGUUGCUUUUUUACCAGAUGGAAAGUGGAUUGUGUUAGGCUUGGACAACAACACAAUCCAGGUCUGGGAUACAAGGACUCAUGCCAUAGUGGGCAAUCCUCUCAAGGAACACACAGGCUUGGUCCAUUCUGUUGCUUUCUCACUAGAUGGGAAACAGAUCAUGUCAGGCUCAUUCAACAACACAAUCUGGGUCUGGGAUGUGGCAAUAUGUGAUGCUAUGGGCAACCCUCUUAAAGGACACACAGGCACUGUCUAUUCUAUUGCUUUCUUACCAGACAGAAAGAACUGGAUUAUGUUGGGCUCAGGCCAAAACCUAGUGAUAUUGGAUGUGGCAAUGCAUGCUGCUAUGGAUAACCCUCUUGAGGGACACAAAAAUGUGGUCACUUUUGUUGCUUUUUCUCCAUAUGGGAUGUGUAUUGUGUUAGGGCUCAUGGGACAACAUAAUCUAGGUGUGGGAUGCACCUAUUAUUCAUAUGGGAUGCACCUAUUAUUUAACCUGUCUUGA